CGUGUAACAGAGUGCGCACCCGGGCUGAAGAUUAAUCCCCCUCUCACUCUUGUUAUUACUUUUGAUUCCGAGGCACUGCUGUCCUUCCUGGGCUGGCACACUCCGCCGCACCCCCCAAGUCGAGGAAAGGGAAAGGGAACACGCCACAGCGAGUCGUCGUCUGCUCCAGUGCACGAAUGGUUAAGACUGAGCUUCCCCGGGGGAGUUUCCAGCGCCGAGAAACUUUGACUUGAUGUUGUAGCACCUGUUGUGUCGCCAGUUGGCAGUCUGCAUUCAGCCAGGAGUCAGUCGGCCGGCCCGGGCCGUCUCAGCUCGGCAGCGCUAUCCCAUCUGGUGCACUGGGGGAUCAGACUUCACUCGACUCGACUCAACUCCUCUAUCUGCCUCCGUUUUUUUUUUCUUUUUCCUUUCUUUCUGCACUUUUUUUUUGUCUUGCAAGGAUCAUCGAGGAUUUUUUUUCCGGCUGCGUAACUGAUAAGUCUGAGCGCACGGCUCAAGAUUGAUCUUAGAUUGGAAUGCUCGUCUGUUUCAAAGCACUUUAAGUACUUUUAGAUGGUUAGCGAAACUAGUUUUGACACGCACGUGCCUACUGACUGGAAGCGAGCCUGCGAUUUUCAUUUAAAGGGAUGAAUGUGCGCUGAUUCGUUUUAAUCGGUAUCUUCUAGCCAACUUGCACUUGUAAUACCAGAUUGGCGUGAAUGCAUCCAGGAUCUCACUUUGGAUCAGCAAGAAGGGAUCCUCGGAUAUCUGCUGCUGGUGGCUUUUUUCAGUAAAAGUUUGACAGGUGGUCUGGUCCCACUUAUCAAGCCCGCUUUGCUCCUGGUGCAUGCCUGCUUAAACGAGCACAUUUUGCGGACGCUCUCGUUUAGCCACUGGGCGCUUCCGCAGGUCCCGUUUGUUUGAUCUGGGGGGGAGGCAGAGCCUUUCGGAUGGGAUAAUGUGGAAAAUACUUGCCGCUUAUCAGCUACAAAUGUUGCCAGAUCUGGACCGGGACUCUAUUUAUGCCGAAGCAGCAGCGUGGUAAUCCAAAUCUCCCAACUCCCAACUACUCGGCACGGCCAGCUAUACUUGUGGGCUUCUCCACUUGACUCGGAACCAAGAGAUCGGAAGAGUUCUAUUGACAGAGCUGCUCACCACAGAUCCAAAUGAUCCUGCCAUUUCUCAUCCUUCUAACAACUUCGAUCCAGCAUCAUGGAUCGAAUGCGGAUUCCAGCUUCAGCAACAAGUUUCAGCUGUCCAGUAUGAAAGAGCACAACGGAGUACAAGAUACACAGCAAGAAAAAAUUAUCACAGUUGUAUCAGAAGGAGUUAUACAGAGUCCAGAGUUUCCCCGCACAUAUCCUCGAAACAAAGCAAUAUUGUGGCGACUGAUUGCCGUCGAAGAAGACAGGAGGAUACAACUGACCUUUGAUGAAAGGUUUGGCCUUGAAGAACCCGAAGAUAACAUAUGCAAGUAUGACUUUGUAGAAAUUGAAGAACCCCUUGAUGGUACAAUUCUAGGCCGCUGGUGUGGAACCAAGCCAGCCACUGGGAAACAGAUAUCUAAAGGCAACCAGAUUAGGAUACGAUUCGUAUCUGAUGAAUAUUUUCCCUCAGAGCCUGGAUUCUGCAUUUAUUACUCCCUCCUUCCCCUGACAUUCCCUGAGCCUCAAAGCCCUUCUUUGCAUCCACCUUCCGUGCAAAGCAUAGACAUGCUCGAUGACGUGGUCUCCUACUUGAACACGGUGGAAGAGGUCAUCAAAUACCUUGAACCUGACAGAUGGCAGCUGGAUAUGGAAGACUUAUAUAAGUCAACGUGGCAUGUGGUCGGAAAAUCAUUUAUUCACCACAGAAAAUCCAGAGUGGUGGAUCUGAACCUCCUGAAGGAAGAGGUGAGGCUGUUUAGCUGCACGCCACGCAAUUACUCUGUCUCCCUAAGAGAAGAACUGAAGCGGACAGACACAAUCUUCUGGCCUAGUUGCCUGCUGGUCAAGCGAUGUGGAGGUAACUGUGCCUGCUGUGCUCACAGCUGCUAUGACUGCCAGUGUACCGCCACCAAAGUCACCAAAAAAUAUCAUGAGGUUCUCCAACUGAGACCAAAAAAUGGUGGAAAAGGAUGGCAAAAAUCGAUGACAGAUGUCCCAUUGGAACAUCACGAGGAGUGCGAUUGUGUGUGCAGCAGCAGCAGCAGCAGUCCUGAUGGAUAAAAGAACACAAUUCAAAGUUUUCACUAAAGCACAAUCAGAUGGUAUUGAGCUCUUAGGGUCCCGUCCCCCCCACCUUUUAUCUCCAGCAUCACUUGGGGGGAAUUUUUAAAAUGAAUGAAGUACUGGGAAAUGCUGACUCCGUUGGCCGGGAUUUUUGGACAUAUGGAUGGCACUUUGGGUUCCUAAGGAGGGCAUCGUUUUAUCUUGAGAUUUGUGAAAGCGAGAGUAAAUCACAAAUGGAAACGAGGAAGCAGAGAUUGCUCACAAUUUCUCCCAAGAAAUCUUGUUGAAGUGUGGAUUAUAAGACAAGCCGGCAACAUUCUUAAGAGGAAUAAUGUUUUUGGAACUCUUGGUUUUGCUUUUAAACUUAUGCUGCCAGCACUGGAGCUGUACUCCCCACAGACCUCUAUGUUUAGGAAAGUUCUUUUUUCUUAAUUAUCUUAUUAUAUAUAUUUUGGGGAGGGGGGGGGGUUGGUCUACUUUUUCAAAAAUAUUCUUCUGUAUAUUAAAAAUGAAGCAUUUUGCUUUUGUUGUCUAUCCUACUCCUUUAACAUAACUGUAGAUUUUAUUGAACUGCAAAUGAAUCAAUCCGUUUUGUCCUAUUUUGCCACAUUUAUGAUUCUAAUGUUGGCUUGCUUUGUUCAUUUUUUAAUCUUUGGUCCCAAAUUAGACAGUUGCCUUAAAAAAAUAUAUUUGUAUUUUUAGAAACUGUUUUAAUAAAAAAAAAAAACAAAAAAAAAACGGUGCAGCACAACAAUGACAUGCUUUAGAAGCUAUUGUGAUGGAGACGAGGAGUUACCUUUUCAUAUGCAGUUUUGUAUUGUUCAACUACUCUUUCCUAGAAAUGAUUUUAUUUUAUCAUUCAAUUUUUUUUUUAGAAUUUUAAUCAGUUAUUUUUAUAUUCCUGUACAGGUCUCCUUUUUAUUUUUACUAAAUGUGCAUGUAUUUAACAUACUUUGUCCGCUUUAUAUAAGCAUUUGAUACUCAUGAAGAGAAAAGGCAUUCUUACAUUGGCUUUUUGUAUUUAAAAGAACCAUUCGAUUGAAGGGAAGCUGACAUAUUAAUGAACAUAAAUGUGUAUGGGUGGUGCUGUUGCCUCAUGGAUCCGGUUUCCCGAGUUCAGAUCAUGCAGCCCCGGUCGCUGUCUGGUUGAAGUUUACAUCUUCUCUCCAUAUCUAUGAGAUUUUUUUUUUUCUUCAGGUAGUCCAGGUUUCAUUGCCACAUCACCAGUGACUGUGUGUGUUAAGUUAAUAGGCAACGCUAUGCUCACUGGCCACUUUAUUAGGUACACCUGCAUGUUAACACAAAUGUCUAAUCACACAAUCACACGGCAGCAACAUAAUGCAUUUCAGCCUGUAGACAUUGUCAAGACGACCUGCGGAA